AUGACGUAUGGGGACCUCUUGCCGUCUCUCAUUGCCAACCAAUUGGUAGUAGUGACUCCAGUGAAGAUCUACCAGUCCCCUUUCCCAAAAUGGUAUAACCCCAGUGCGACCUGUGCAUACCAUGGGGGAACCCCGGGGCACUCAGUCGAACAGUGCAUGGCUUUGAAACACAAGGUCCAAAGUUUAAUAAAGGCUAGAUGGUUAACAUUCCAAGAGGACGGACCCAAUAUAAAAACAAACCCACUCGCCAAUCAAGGAAAGGCGGCAGUUAAUGCCAUUGAGAUGUGUAGGUCACAUAGGCCCAAACAUUUGAAUGAUGUGAUGACCCCUAGAAGGUUUAUCUAUGAAGCCUUACAAGAUGCGGGCGUAAUCCCUCGCGGUGGGCUUAAGAAGGAUUCCUUUUUAAUGCAUCCAUGCAUGCCGCAUGAUAUGGAAACAUGUUCAGCGGUAGGGGAUUUAUUACAACAAAUGAUAGAUCAAGGCCGGCUUGAAGUCAGCAACGAGGAGGAAAGGGAACAACAUAUCUGCAUGCAGUCAGCAGAUAAGGAAAGUCAUAGGAAACCUAAACCCUUGGUGAUACACUUUACCAGGGGCACUGCUCCCCAAAGGCCCCAAGGCCCCUCGGCGGUAUCGGGCAUUAGACCUUUUCCUUUCCCUUACAAAAAUAGCCGCACAGUCCUAUGGAGGUACGCCCCUCCAGGUGACAGGAAGGAGGAAACUACCGGCAUCGGCUCACUAUCGGCCAAAGUAACCAACAUCACCGGCUUAAGCGGCAUAACCCGCAGCGGUUGCGUGUUCGCACCCCCCGACCUGCCAGUGCAACCCAUGAACUGUAUAGGGAAAGCGAAGGUGAUCAAAGGACAAAACAUCAAAGUGAUCCCCACACCGGACAGGGAUGUUCCGACAGGGAGGUUCGUUGAGGGAAAAGAGGGCCUCAACAAGAAAGAGGUAUUGUUGGAGGAGGCCAGCGAGUUCCUUCGCAUUAUCCAACAAAGCAAAUUCAAGAUCAUUGAACAACUCAACAAGACCCUGGCUAGGGUCUCCCUUCUGGAGUUGCUUAUGAGCUCUGAGCCUCAUCGAGCAUUAUUGGUGAAGGUUUUGAAUGAAGCUUACGUAGCCCAAGACAUCUCCAUGGAAGGCUUUGAGGGGAUCAUCAAUAACAUCACGACCAACAACUACCUCACCUUCACCAAGGAGGAAAUUCCCACCGAGAGGAAAGGGCAUAAUAGGGCUCUGCAUAUGUCGGUCAAAUGCAUGGAACACAUUAUGGCUAAGGUACUCAUCGAAAACUGCUCAAGCAUGAAUGUGAUGCCCAAGAGCACGUUGGAGAAGUUUCCGUUCAACGCCACCCACAUGAGGCCGAGUUCCAUGGUGGUCUGGGCCUUCGAUGGUAGCCGCCGAGAGGUAAGGGGUGAGACGACCUCCCAGUACAAAUAG